UUCGUCCACAGAGGUUUAUCAUAAUUUAAAAAAAAGUUUUCAUCUCUUAUUUACGGUCAUUCCACUAUUAUUGUUUGAAAUUUGCGUCAAAAUGGCUGAUAAAAAGAUAGAAAAGAACAAACUUCAUUUCAGGGUUAUUAGAUUUUUGACGGAAUCUGCCCUGAAGCUGCACAUGAAAUCACCUACCUUGGCCACUGCAGCAGCCGUCUAUCAUACUUUCUUCAGAGAAUGUGAAACAGAGGACUAUGAUCCCUAUUUGAUUGCCACCACUGCCUUAUACCUGGCUGGGAAAGUCGAAGAAGACCACAUGAAACUGAGAGAUGUCAUAAAUGUGUGCUACAGAACCUUGCACACCGAUCAGCCCGGCCUUGAGAUAGGAGAAAAGUACUGGGCCAUGAGAGAUUCAGUGGUUCAGUGUGAAUUAUUUGUCAUGAGAAUGCUGAAGUUUACUGUGAAGUUCGACCAUCCACAUAAGUACAUGCUACAUUACCUGAAAUCAGUGUGCGACUGGAUGGAACCAAGCAUAUCAAAGAGAAUCCCAAUUGCAAAGUUUGCUUGGGGUAUCCUGCGCGACAGCUAUCAUGGACCAAUAUGCUUGAAGUACCGUCCAGAACACAUCGCCAUUGCAGUCAUUUAUUUUACUCUACAGCUGUAUGGAAUGGAAGUGCCAUUUUCUGACGAGGCUGAGUACAGGUGGUGGGAGGUUUUAUCUGAGGACGCAACAGAAGAUGAGUUAAAAGGCAUUUCAAGUGAUAUUUUGGACAUUUACGAAUUAGAGUCGUCAUUGCAGACGUGAGGCAAACUUGAAAAUGACGCAGGAUCAUUUACUGUAAGGACAGGUCUAUUGCUGCUAUAGCAUUCAUCACACGAAUUAAGAGUAUGAAUUGAUUCUUCUGAAGCCUUGGCAAUGGCAUCUGAUGCCUUGACAGUGGCGUGCCAAGGAACACGCUGCAGGAAUGAGGGGGGAAGAGUCUGGACUCCCUUGACCCACCUGAAUAUGCGCCUGCUUGAGUUUUGUGAUUCAAAUGGACACAUAUAUGUGAAGACAAAGCUUUUACCGGUGUAAGAGGAAAUAAACAUUUUUUCAUAGAAUGUCCUUGUAUGUUGUUAUUAUUUUGGAAGCUCAAGAAUCAACUGGAGAUAUUAUGCUUAUGAUACAUCACUCAUCAGGAAAGACAAACAGUACUUCAACCUAUUCCGCUAGCCGUGUUGUUGGGAAAAGGGAAUAUCUGAAAUUAAACAGUGUAUUUGAAGCCAAGGACCAGUUUUUUGGUCCUCUCGGAACAAGACCCGUUUUGUCUGAUGGGGUACAGUCCUCAGCGAUAAGUCAAACUGAGAAAAAUGUCUUUAGGUGAUCACUGUAUGGCUAUGUUCAGUUGUCAGACAGUAAUCCUACACGACCAGCAGUCACAUAAUGGCAGGGUCUCACGUGACUGUCAACAUCGGCAUGCCGGCCUGAUGAGGACCCUAUGAGCAACUGUCUGUGGACUUUGGUGAAGGUCUCGAUCGACAGGACUGUAUGAACAUGUUGUGCUUCCAAGACUGGUUGCGAGAACUGGUUAACAGGAUAGAUCAUGGAAGGUUCCCAUAGAAAGAGAUGGUCUUUGCCACAGAUGUCGGCAAGGCUUGCUUGGAGCCAGGACCAAGUGACAAACAUGGGAAAUACCAGGACGGUUAACCAAAUCCAGUCCAACAGACU